GGCUCGGGGACCGGCUCGCCCCGGCCAGGCGCGGGGGGCGGGGGGUGUCCCGGAACCAUUGCUGCGGGCCGCGGGGUGUUACACCGAUCCGCGCCCCCCGGGAGCAAAUGUCCGGCAACAGCAUGAGCGACCCCCGGCGGCCCAACAAGGUGCUGAGGUACAAGCCUCCGUCUACAGAGAACAACCCCACGCUGGAAGAUCCCACUCCAGAUUACAUGAACCUGCUGGGGAUGAUUUUCAGCAUGUGCGGCUUAAUGCUUAAGCUGAAGUGGUGUGCUUGGAUUGCUGUCUAUUGCUCCUUCAUUAGCUUUGCCAACUCCAGAAGCUCAGAGGACACCAAACAGAUGAUGAGCAGCUUCAUGUUGUCUAUCUCUGCGGUGGUGAUGUCCUAUCUCCAGAAUCCCCAACCCAUGUCCCCGCCUUGGUGAAGAGAUUACAGCUCAUUGCACAACUCCUUGCAAAUCCCAGAGAGAUGCUGUCGGCAGAGAGGAAGGAUUCACACGCUAGAACCAUCUGUUUGUACAAGCAGUGUGUUGUAACACUCGGCUAUCAAAAUAAAUGGGUUGUUGCUGUAGGA